ACUCACCUUCUUUAUCUUUAUUUUAUUGGUUAUAAUUUGAGAGAGAGAGAGAGAGAGGAUGAUCUCUGGGACUAUUGGUGGGAUUGUUGGGGGGAUUUUUGGAGACAAGGAUGCAAAGGUUAAGGGGAAGGUGGUGUUGAUGAAAAAGAAUGUACUAGACGUAACAAACUUUGCUGGCACAAUUAUUGAUGAAGUUGCUGAGUUUUUGGGGCAAUCUGUCUCAUUUCAGCUUGUUAGUUCUACUGUUGGUGACCCUAACAACGGCAACAGAGGAGUGAUAGGGGAGACGGCCUACUUAGAACAAAGCAUCUUGAACCUGCCUUCAUUAGUUGCUGGUGAAUCUUCGUUUGAUAUCAAGUUCAAAUACAAUGAAAGGCAAGGAAUUCCAGGAGCCAUCAUCGUCAAGAACCAUCACCUCGACCAAUUUUAUCUUAAGAGCGUCACCAUCGAUGAUUUUCCCAGACACGGUCGCAUCCACUUCGUCUGCAACUCAUGGGUCUAUAAUACCACCAAGUAUACUUAUGAUCGAAUCUUCUUCGCUAAUGAUGUGUAUCUUCCCCAUCAAACACCAGCACCUCUGAAGCCGUACAGAGAGGACGAGCUCCGUCACCUAAGAGGCGACGAUGUCAACCGGCAGCUACAGGAGUGGGAUCGCGUCUACAACUAUGCAUACUACAACGAUCUCGCUAAUCCUGACGGCGGCGACGUCAGGCCUGUACUCGGAGGCUCAGAAGAGUACCCCUAUCCUCGUAGGGGGAAGACCGGACGCCCUCCCACUAGAACAGAUCCCAAUACGGAGAGCAGAUUGAUUUUGAGUCUAGAUAUCUAUGUACCGAGAGAUGAGAGGUUCGGCCACCUAAAGAUGUCGGACUUUCUUGGGUACUCCAUAAAAUCAGUGGUCACUGGCUUCAUCCCAGCUGUGGCAUCCAUAUUCGAUAGAAUCGAUCCGUCUCUUAAUGAUUUCGACUCCUAUGAGGAAGUGCACAAGCUGUUCCGGGGUGGAUUGCCGAUCCCCAGUGUUCCUCUUAUCAGCGCAAUCAAAGACAACAUUCCCUUUGAGAUGAUUAAGUCAAUUGUGAGCACUCAGAAUGGGCAGAGCUUUAUGAAAUACCCCGUACCACAACUUAUACGAGAGGAAAAAUAUGCUUGGAGAACUGAUGAAGAAUUUGCGCGAGAAAUGCUAGCCGGUGUGAACCCUCAUAUUAUACGUAGGCUACAGGAAUUUCCUCCAACGAGCACACUUGAUCCUAGCAAAUACGGCAAUCAAAUUAGCUCAAUAAAUGUAGCAGAUGUUGAGAAGAACCUAGGUGGCCUAACUGUAGAACAGGCAAUGAGUGACAAUAGGCUCUACAUCUUGGAUCAUCACGACAUGACAAUGCCAUACGUGAACAGAAUCAACAUGGGCACCUCUAACAAAGUCUAUGCGACGAGAACGAUACUAUUUUUAAAUGAUGAUGGAACUUUGAAGCCAUUAGCAAUCGAGCUCAGCUUGCCACAUCCAGAUGGAGAGCAAAAAGGCGCAGUUAACCAAGUGUUUAUCCCAUCAGGGUUACCAAGUGUCGAGGGUGCAAUUUGGGAGUUAGCAAAGGCUUACGUGGGAGUUAAUGACUAUGGUGUUCACCAGAUUAUCAGCCACUGGCUUAGAACACAUGCCGUCACUGAACCAUUCAUCCUAGCAACAAACAGGCACCUGAGCGCACUUCACCCAAUCAACAGGCUUUUGGUCCCUCAUUUCCGUGACACGAUGAACAUAAAUGCCUUUGCUCGCCAAGCCCUCAUCAGUGCUGGCGGUAUCCUAGAAUCCAUUGUGUUUCCGAACAAAUUUGCAAUGCAAAUGUGUGCAGAGAUCUACAAGGACUGGAACUUCCUCGACCAAGCUCUCCCUACUGAUCUCCUCAAGAGAGGAGUUGCAGUGGAGGACCCAACCAGCCCAAACAAACUCCGACUGCUAAUUAAUGACUACCCCUAUGCAACCGACGGCCUGGAAAUCUGGUCGGCAAUCGAAUCAUGGGUGAAAGAGUACUGCACCAUCUACUACCCAACCGAUGACAUAAUCCAAUCCGAUGCCGAGCUCCAGGCCUGGUGGAAGGAAGUCGUCGAAGUGGGGCACGGCGACUUGAAAGACAGACCCUGGUGGCCCAAAAUGCAGACCCUCAACGACCUCACUCACUCAUGCACCAUCAUCAUCUGGAUCGCGUCUGCCCUUCACGCGGCUGUCAACUUCGGCCAGUACGCGUACACCGCCUACGUGCCAAAUCGACCAACUAUCAGCCGCAGGUUCAUGCCCGUGGAGGGCACCACCGAGUACGACAAGCUGAAGUCGGAACCUGAGAAGAUUUUCCUCAAGACGAUAACCACUGAGAUGCAGACCCUCAUCGGGAUAACUCUUAUGGAGAUUCUGUCCACACAUGCGUCGGAUGAAGUGUAUCUGGGGACUAGGGACUCGACGGAGUGGACUAACGAUCAGAGGGCGACCGAUGCGUUCAAGAGGUUCGGGGCGAGGCUCAGUGAGAUUGCGGAUAAGAUUGAGAAGCUGAAUAAGGAUCCAACCUUGAAGAAUAGGAAUGGGCCGGUGAAGGUGCCGUACACUUUGCUGUAUCCUAUGAGUGAAGGUGGUAUUACUGGCAAGGGGAUUCCUAACAGUAUUUCUAUCUAAGUGCUGGUGAUUGCAGGCGUGAUGAAUAAAUGGUGGAUGCGUGUCAGAGUGUUUAGGUUGUGAUCUUAUGCUUUGCUUGUUGUUGAGGGGUUUGAUGUUGCUUUUAUGUAAUAAUAUGAAUUAAGCCGGCUGCUACUGCCGGACGUGGAAUAUGAAAGUCCGUGCAUGUACUCUGAAAACCACACGUACUGGUGAAUAUAAGUUCUGUUUGGUAAAUUGUAUGAACUUGGGUUGGGAUUAA